AUGCGUGAUAUUGGACAAUAUUCGUUUAAGAGGGCACAUGCGUAUGAUACUUUAUGCAAUGACAAGGAUAAACCUUUGUACCCAGGAUGCACAAAUUUUACACGUUUGUCAGCCGUGUUAAAAUUGUUUAAUCUGAAGGCAAAUAACGGGUGGACUGAUAAAAGUUUUACCAAAUUGUUUGAAUUGUUGACACAAAUGCUUCCAGACGGUAACGCACUACCAAGUCGUUAUUACGAGGCGAAGAAAAUAUUGUGUCAGUUGGGUUUGGAGCAUGAAAAGAUACAUGCAUGCCCUAAUGAUUGUAUAUUAUACAGAAAAGAGUAUGUAAACUAUAAUCAUUGUCUGAAGUGCAAGGCGUCACGCUACAAAAAGAAAGAUGGUGAAUCUAGUGAUGAUGAGGAGGUCAAAAAGUGUCCUCCCGUGAAAGUGGCAUGGUACCAACCAAUAAUUUCAAAGUUCAAGAGAUUAUUCGCUAAUGGAGACUACACAGAGAAUCUUAGAUGGCAUGCAGAAGAAAGAAAAUGUGAUGGACAAAUUCGCCAUGUAGAUGAUUCUUUGCAAUGGAAGAAAAUAGAUUCUUUGUUUCCAAAUUUUGGCAAAGAGUCGAGAAACCUUAGACUUGGACUUUCUAUUGAUGGAAUGAAUCUGUUUGGUAAUCGAAAUACUAACCAUUCUUCUUGGCCUGUUCUUUUGAUGAUUUACAACCUAUCUCCUAGGUUGUGCAUGAAGCGUAAAUAUAUUAUGUUAUUGAUGAUGAUUUCGGGCCCAAAACAACUAGGAAAUGACAUAGAUGUUUAUCUAAGUCCAUUGAUUGAUGAUUUAAGAGUGUUGUGGGAGGAAGGGGUGGAUGUUUUUUAUGCGCAUUCUAGUGAACAAUUCAAUAUGCGUGCCAUGUUGUUUUGCACCAUCAGUGAUUUUCUGGCAUAUGGCAAUUUGUCUGGGUAUAAAGUUAAAGGUUAUAAAGCGUGUCCUAUAUGUGAAAAACACACAUGUUACCAUCAGCUUGAAAAAGGAAAGAAGACUGUUUAUCUUGGGCAUCGAAAUUUUCUAAAUCAUUAUCAUCUAUAUCGUAGAUUGCAAAAAGCUUUCAAUGGGGAACAAGAGCUUGGUGUUGCUCCAAAACCCUUAACUAGAGAGGAAGUUUAUCAACGACAACAGGGCAUUACUGCUAUCUUUGGAAAGUACCAAAAGCGAUCUAUUGUGAAAAAUAUAUGUAUAAAGAGGUCGGUUUUCUUCGAUCUCUUGGAAAAAUAUAUGGAAGACAUUGUAACAAGACGUUUUUGCCUCCUGCCUUCUACACUCUAUCUAGAAAGUAUCAAAGUACCGCAUGAUUACUCAUCAAAUGUCAAGAGGCUUGUUUCGGUUAAAGAUAUCAAAUUAGUUGGCUUAAAAUCUCAUGACUGUCAUGUCUUAAUGCAACAACUACUACCAGUGGCUAUUCGUGGGAUAUUUCCCAACAAUGUUAGGAAGACUAUAACUAGGUUGUGCUUAUUUUUCAAUGCAAUUUGUUGCAAAGCCAUGUUUCCAUUAAAGUUAGACGAUUUGGAAAAUGAGGCUGCAGUUAUCUUGUGCCAAUUAGAGAUGUAUUUUCCUCCUUUAUUUUUUGACAUUAUAGUUCACUUGAUUGUUCAUCUAGUAAGGGAGAUUAGACUAUGUGGUCCAAUUUUUUUACGGUGGAUAUAUCCAAUAGAGCGAUACAUGAAGAUCCUAAAAGGGUAUACCAAAAACCCACAAAGUCCAGAAGCAUCGAUUAUUGAGAGGUACAUUGCAAAAGAAGCAAUUGAGUUUUGUUCUAACUAUUUGUCAGAAGUGGAUGUUGUAGGGGUUCCCAAGUCUCGUCAUGAUGGGAGAUGUGAGGGCGUGGGUACACAAGGUUUAAAGGUCAAGAGCUUAAGUAUUGAUGUGGUUGUUCAAGCGCAUUUGCAUAUAUUGAAUAACACGGAUGAAGUUCAACCUUACUUAUCUUCUCACAAAAGCAUCAUAAAGAAAAAGUACCCUAAGAUUGGUGUAAGAAUCGAUGAAUUUGAAGUUACACUGGUUGAUCUUAGCAAGUUAGCUUAUGUGGACGAACCUUUCAUCAUGGCAUCUCAAGCAAAACAAGUGUUUUAUGUCACAGAUCCUUCUAAUAAAAGGUGGUCAGUUGUUAUACAAGUAAGGGGGCAUGAUAGUGAUAAAAAUCAAGAUGCGAAUCUUGAUAUUUCGAAACUCUUCCUUUCUCAACAAAUGUGCCUACCUCCAUUGAAGAAAAUGUAG